CGCCGGGGCUGCUCGGCUCCUGCGCGCCCUCGCGCUCCCCGCCGCCCGCCGAGGCGCAGCCAGGGCGCAGGCGGCGGCGGGCGGCAUGGAGAGCCUGCUGGAGAACCCGGUGCGUGCCGUGCUCUACCUCAAGGAGCUCACGGCCAUCGUGCAGAACCAGCAGAGCCUCAUCCACACCCAGCGCCAGCGCAUCGACGAGCUGGAGCGGCGUCUGGACGAGCUAAGCGCCGAGAACCGCAGCCUGUGGGAGCAUCAGCAGCUGCUGCAAGCCCAGCCUCCGCCUGGGCUGGUCCCUCCGUCGCCGGCCCCGCUGCCUGCCGCCCCGGCCGCCCCGGCCACCGCCGCCGCCGCCGCCGCCGCCGCGGCCCAGGAGCCGCUCCAGAACCACGGACAGCUCCCGCCCGCCGCGCCGCAGCCCGCGCCGGAGCAGCCCCCGCUUCAGCACCACGGGCAGCUCCUGGUGCAGCCCCAGCCGGGCCCCAGCAGCAGGGCUCACGCGCCCCAGUCGCCCCACCAGCACCCCGUGGCGCCCGGGGCCGUCGCCGACAAGGAGAAGGAGCGUCCCCCGAGUUGUUGCGCUGCCGCCGGAACCCUCCUUCAGCACAAAUCCCCCGCCGCCCUCGGCAAGGGCGUCCUGACCAGAAGACCCGAGAAUGAGACCGUGCUGCACCAGUUCUGCUGCCCAGCCGCCGACGCUGAACAGAAGCCCGCCUGCUCUGACUCGGUCUCACAAAGUGAUGGCUCCUGCGCCCAGGCCGGUGGGGGCAUGGAGGACUCCGUGGUGGCAGCGGCGGCGGUGGCAGCCGGCAGACCCAGUGCCCAUGCCCCGAAGGCUCAAGCCCAGGAGCUGCAGGAGGAGGAGGAGCGGCCGGGGGCGGGGGGUGCCUCCCCGAGGGCUGGCCCCCACCGCACGGCCUCCCCCGGCCGGCAGCAGCCUGCCCUGGCGACGGCGCUCUGCUCCCACGCCCCUAACGCCUCCGAUUACGAGCUCUCCCUUGACCUAAAGAAUAAACAGAUUGAAAUGCUAGAACACAAGUACGGGGGCCACCUCGUGUCCCGCCGCGCCGCUUGCACCAUCCAAACCGCCUUCCGCCAGUACCAGCUCAGUAAGAACUUCGAGAAGAUCCGCAACUCGCUCCUGGAGAGCCGCCUGCCGCGGCGGAUCUCCCUGCGCAAAGUCCGCGCGCCCGCGGUCGAGGGCCUGGCGGCCGAGAAGGCGCUCGUGGAGGGCUACGGGCUCGUGGGGCUGCCGCUCGUGCGCUCGCCCUCGCUGCCGCCCACCCUCGCGGGCACGCUCACCGAGCUGGAGGACUCCUUCACCGAGCAGGUGCAGUCCCUGGCCAAGUCCAUCGACGAUGCCCUCAGCACCUGGAGCCUCAAGACCAUGUGCUCCCUGCAGGAGAGCGGCGCUUACCAGCUGCACCAGGCCCUGCACGCGGGUGCGGCGCCGGCCGGCCUGGAGGCCGAGAUGCGGGAGCUGGACGGUGCUCGCCCCGCGCCCGGGGAGGAGGCCGCCGAGCCCGCAGGCCUGCCGCCGGGCCACAGCAGCACCCUCAUGAUGGCCUUCCGGGACGUCACCGUGCAGAUCGCCAACCAGAACAUCUCUGUCUCCUCCGCCACGGCUCUGUCGGUGGCCAACUGUCUGGGCGCGCAGGCCGCCCCGGCCCCGGCGGAGCCUGCGGCGGGCAGAGCCGAGCAAGGCGAAGCCCCGGGGCGGGAGGCCUCUGCCGCGGCCGCCAGCGCCGACCCGGGAGCCGCGCACGCCGAGAACACGUGCGCAGAGGCCGGAGCCCGCGGGAGCCCGCGCGCGCACCCACCCGCGGAGGCUGCGGUGCAGGAGGCUGCCCUGACGGAGGCCGAGGCCGCCGAGGCCGAGGAGGAGGAGACCCGGGACGUGGGGAAGGGGACUGAGGCCGAGGCCGGCGACAACUCGGAGCGGCUGAGCAGCAGCAGCACGUCCACCAAGUCGGCCAAGUCGGGCUCGGAAGUGUCGGCCUCGGCCUCCAAGGAGGCUCUGCAGGCCAUGAUCCUGAGCCUGCCCCGCUACCACUGCGAGAACCCCGCCAGUUGCAAGUCGCCCACGCUCUCCACCGACACCCUGCGCAAACGGCUCUAUCGCAUCGGCCUCAACCUUUUCAACAUCAACCCAGACAAGGGCAUCCAGUUCCUGAUUUCUCGAGGCUUCAUCCCUGACACCCCCAUUGGAGUGGCCCACUUCCUUCUCCAACGCAAGGGCCUCAGCCGUCAGAUGAUCGGGGAGUUCCUGGGCAACAGCAAGAAGCAAUUCAACCGUGAUGUGCUGGACUGCGUGGUGGACGAGAUGGACUUCUCCAACAUGGAGCUGGACGAGGCCCUGCGCAAGUUCCAGGCACACAUCCGCGUGCAGGGGGAGGCCCAGAAGGUGGAGCGGCUCAUAGAGGCCUUCAGCCAGCGCUACUGCAUGUGCAACCCUGAGGUGGUGCAGCAGUUCCACAACCCCGACACCAUCUUCAUCCUCGCCUUUGCCAUCAUCCUCCUCAACACCGACAUGUACAGCCCCAACAUCAAGCCUGACCGGAAGAUGAUGCUGGAGGACUUUAUCCGAAACCUGCGAGGCGUAGAUGACGGUGCAGACAUCCCAAGGGAGCUGGUGGUAGGGAUCUACGAAAGGAUACAGCAGAAGGAGCUCAAGUCCAAUGAGGACCAUGUCACGUAUGUCACCAAAGUGGAGAAGUCCAUCAUGGGCAUGAAGACAGUGCUGUCCAUGCCUCACCGCCGCCUGGUCUGCUGCAGCCGGCUCUUCGAGGUGACAGAUGUGAACAAGCUGCAGAAGCAGGCUGCGCAUCAGAGGGAGGUGUUCCUCUUCAAUGACCUGCUGGUGAUUCUCAAACUUUGCCCUAAGAAGAAGAGCUCCUCCACGUACACAUUCUGCAAGUCAGUUGGCCUGCUGGGCAUGCAGUUCCACCUCUUUGAGAAUGAAUAUUACUCUCAUGGCAUCACCCUGGUGACCCCACUUUCGGGCUCCGAGAAGAAGCAAGUGCUGCAUUUCUGUGCGCUGGGCUCGGAUGAGAUGCAGAAGUUUGUGGAGGAUCUGAAGGAGUCCGUCGCGGAGGUGACAGAGCUGGAGCAAAUCCGGAUAGAGUGGGAGCUGGAGAAGCAGCAGGGAGCAAAGACACUCUCCUUCAAGUCCAGCGGGGCGCAGGUGGACCCACAGUUGAAGCAAGGAUCGCCUACAGCCAAAAGGGAAGCCGCGCUGGGGGAGAAGCCGGUGGAGAGCACGGUGGAGGUGUCAAUUCACAACAGGCUUCAAUCAUCUCAGCACAACCCUGCGCUGGGGGCCGAGAGGGGAGCGCCGGUGCCACCACAAGACCCGCAGCCUAGCCCCUUGAGGGAGCAGCCCCCGCCGCUGCCACCGCCACCCACACCCCCCGGGACCCUGGUGCAGUGCCAGCAGAUUGUCAAGGUCAUUGUCCUGGACAAGCCCUGCUUGGCCCGCAUGGAGCCCCUGCUGAGCCAGGCCCUCUCCUGCUACGCCUCGUCCUCCUCUGACUCCUGUGGCUCCACGCCCUUGGGUGGCCCAGGCUCCCCGGUCAAGGUCAUCCACCAGCCUCCACUGCCCCCGCCCCCUCCCCCCUACAACCACCCCCACCAGUACUGCCCACCCGGGUCCCUGCUGCACCGACGCCGCUACUCCAGCGGCUCCAGGAGCCUGGUGUAGACUCUGUCCUCCCCAUGCUGCUGUCCCGGGAAGGCCGGCUGCCGGAGCCUGGGAGCACCCUCAGCUGCACCCAGCAGCCCCAACUGCCCCUUUGCUCGCUGCUUCCCACGCCCUGGCACGAUGCACUUCUGGUCACUGGUGAUCGUUUUGGAAAGAGAAUCUCAAUCCCUGGCACCUGGGUUUGCCUCACCCAACCAUGCUUCCCUUAGUCUGCCAAGCACCCCUUGCCCCUAAUCUGGAGACACCACCUCACUCUCCUGGGGCCCUCCACAGCAAGGUGCAUCCAGGCCUCCUCUUCCCUACUACCACUCUGGCCACCUAGACCAUGUACUGCAGAAGGCAGGAGCCAAGAGCCUAACCAGCUUCCUGGCCCUGAGACUGUCAGGCCCUGGGCCUCAGGCCAGGUGGGGAGGCACGAGGGGUGGGAGGUUUUCUCUGCUGCACCCUCAGGGCCAGGAGUCUCAGGCAACUGAUCCUCCACCCCCCAGGGAUAUCAGCUGUCCUGACCACAUCCUUACCCUCCUCCCAGGGCCUUCUCCCGCCUUCUCAGGAGCUGGGCCCUGCCUAUCCAGGGCUUCUCAGACUUCAGGAAAGUUCUGAGGAAGUUAAGAGGGUAAGGGGGACCACUCUCAGCUCUCUCGAGAUUAAGUCAGCAGAGCUGUGGAAUUGUGAGGUCACGUACGCAACUUUCAAAAGGGUUUCUUAGUUUUCUAGCCCCAGCCAAUGCAGAGUGUGCAGAGUCUAGAUGGAAACACACUCAGAAAAACCAGGUUCUUCCAAUGUGGAAGCAGAAACAGGGAGAAGCGGUGAUCUGCCCAGGACAGGUAGGAUUUGGAUCCAAGUCAGGGCUCCUUUUUGAAUGACUUCCACAGCCUCCAUGAAAGAUUUGGAGGCAGAAGCAGGCAAGAGAAGCAGGUGCUCCAGAGGCACUUGGAUUCCUCUUGCUGCUGUCCCAAACUAGCCCAUCAGCCUUUAAAUCCUCCUCCCCAUGUCUCCUCCAGGAAGGCGCCAGGCCUGCUUUCAGUAGGAGUGGCUGAAAGAGCCCCUACACCCUCAAAAUUGCAAAGGAGAGCCAAGCAGGGCUCACUGACCUUCCCAGGGCCAACCAGAAUCAGAGAGUCAAGCUUUUAGGAGGCUCCUCAUAGAGCCCAGGCAGCCAAGCCUCGAAGCCCUCAGGCAGGACGGUGGCCUGCCCCAAACCCAACCCCAGCCGUUUCAGGAAGCGCCUGCCCCAGACCAGGCUGGUCUCUCCAGUCCUGUGCCAAGAGCUCAUUGCUGUCCUGCGCUAAAAUCCCCUCCCUUGGAGCCCGUUAAUAAAGCAUGCCAGGAGAUGGAGGUGAGUGCUGCCCGGGUCUAAAGUGAAUCUGCUUCUCCCUGACGCCUACUCCAUGCCCCAAAGGGAGCGCCCUGAGCCAGCUAGGAGGCACAGAGUCCUCCCCCAGUCUCAGAGGUUCCAGAUGACCUAGUUUCGUAUGUGUGUGUGCAGUCACCCAGACGUCAUAUGAUGUCACCCAGUGAGUUUAUUUCUGGCUCUGUCUUUGUCAGUCUGGUUUCCAUAACUUGUGGCCAAUUUGCCACCUCCUCCCAUGGUGGCUGCCCAGCUGACCGCCCCAUCCUCGUGGGCCUGGCACCUUUCUCAUGUCUUCCCUGUAACAGGUGGCUCCAGUCACAGCCUUUUGGGACAGAGUGGCUGACAGAUGGGACGCACAGAUUCAGUCACCUCUGAUGCCCUUGGCUAAGGCAGGGAUCACCCUUAAAAAGUGCAGGCCUGGGCAGCAGGAGUCAGGGACCCAGGAGGGAGGGGCCAAUCCUCAAACGAAGGACGAUGCUGGAAGAGGGCAGUCGUUAUGCUGGGCGUCAGAGAGGCUGCCUUAGGAAGGAACAGGAGCUAUGAGAUGGCCACGUGUGGCCACCCCCACAGGGUGGGGACCAUGAGUGCCAGGGGCCACCGAGAAGGGGGACAGUCGCAACCAUCUGGUCCCUGUCACCUGCUCCACAGCGCUUCUCAUUGAAAAGUGCCCUCCCCCUGUUGACAGGCAGGCUAAGCUGGCCCCUCCCUCCCACAUCUGCUGUAGCCUUGGCUUUCCAGGUCAGGAUCAGCAGAGGCUGAGGACCCAGAUGCUCAGGCAUCUCAGGGUCCCUACUCCAGGGAGGAGCUCACCCCGUCAUUGUGGUGGCUUCCCUGAGCCCCACUGGCAGCACUGGGAGGCCUGGUCUGAGCUGUGAGGGGCUUCUAAUCCCUGAUGGCUCCCCUCACUGUUGGGGAUGCAAGAGUUCCCACUAUCUAUAACUGCCCUUCCCUGAUCAGCCAACAGACUAAGGUUGGGACCCACCACUGUCCCUGUCCCCAGAGCCUCAUCCCCAAAGGCUUAGGAUGAGCCUCCCACUCCAGCAGCCACACCAAGGCCCAGCCCUCCCAGGGGGCCUGGCUAGAGACACACUUGGGCUCUCCUCGCCAAGGCAGUGGGGCCAGCGGAGUGCCAACUGGGCCCCCAGGCACAGCAUCCUGGGUACGUGCCCAGUUACACCACCCGGAGUGGCCCCACUGGAUCAACUCUCUAGGCCUUAUUUAGGGGACCUAGGUCCCUAUCUCAAUUUUAUCCCUCUGGUCCCAACCCCAGAACCAGGAGUGGGAACUAUAACUAGCUUUCCCACCCAGUUUUGGGCAAGUCCCACACCAGACCUGGAGCAAGACCCUGGCCUGACAGCUUGAGCUGGAAGCCUGCCUCCCAAGGCACAUGUAUUGAUCAGCCCUGGGCCCUCGACCCCUGAAAUCCUUGACGUCGCACCGCACUGUUCCCCCAUAGCCUGCCAGAAUGUCUCUUUGUGUCCAAUAGGCUUCCCCGAUAACCAUCUGUCCAUCUGUCCCUGUAUUCUGCUGUACGGACUUUCUUGCUGUGCCGUCCCCACCCCCCGUAUAUGCCCCUUCACCCCAUUGGAGAGAAACCUCUCUAGGGAAAGGCAGGGUGGCUACACCCAGCAACUAAUCCAAAUGGCAAAUAUUUUGUAACAAAAUAGCCCAGAGGUAUUUUAUCUGUUCAAUUCAUAGAGUUUUAGAGAUUAUAUUGAAAUAUGUCACUUGA